UUCGUCGCGAGCAGACGUGUAGUAACCCCCCUCGGUUGCAACAACUUUCUAUUACGUCACUCGAGUGAAAUUCUCAUCGGUGAUAAUAAGUGUCCUCGAAGGGGUGUUUGCAUUGGUUGAGUGGGAUGUUGUAUCGAUGAUACUGGUGCGAUGGUGCGCGAAAUCAGGCGUGUGGCAUUCACGCACAUAUGCACCACAUUUCUGUGGUUGCUCACCUGUAUUAACGGUCUCCACGCCGUGAAAAUAGCAAGAUUAGUUGUACCAGAAAUAAUACAGUAUGGUGUACAGGACUCAGUUAUUUUAGACUGUGAUUAUACAUAUGGAAACGACACAAAAGGACUUGUAGUGAAAUGGUUUUUCAAAAACAAAGCGCGACCUGUCUACCAGUGGAUACCGUCGCAGAAACCUCAAGAUCUAGGUAUUCUUAGGGGUCGCGUCGACCUCACGUACAGAGCUUCUAAUGAUCCCCUGAAAAUGCAUAGGGCGUUAAGAAUUAUAAAACCGGACACAGAAAUAUCGGGCGAUUAUACAUGUGUAGUUUCAACUUUUAUGGAAGAGGACUCUAGGACUAAGCAGAUGAUUGUUUUUGUGCCGGAGACGCAUUUCCGGCUGAUGCAGAACAAGUCAGACGACGACACAGUAAACGUCAUCUGUGCGGCGGACGGCGCGUUCCCUGCACCCAACCUCACGAUAGCAACGCUUGAAAAGCGCCUGGACUCCACCACACAUGUCCGUAAGCUGGAGAACGGGAGGUUUUCAGUUUACGCGUCGGUGACCCUGAGGGACGCUGACCUGCCAAACCCAGCGGAAUUCAUAUGCACACUUAGGAUACCACAAGCGAAGUAUGCUGUUAGAAAAGAAACUUUAUAUUAUCCAGGUCCUAUCAGCACUACACCUGAGAUGCCAACAGCAGCUGAUAUGAAAUUAGCAGCGGCAGUAGGAGUAUCCAAAGGAGCAACUCUGUGUACUGCGCUGACGGCCAUUAUCCUGUCUGCGUUAGCGCCUUUACUUGUACUAUGAAUCACAUAGAAAACAUCGACAAUCGUAAAUAUCAGACAUGGAAAUUCCAAUUAAUGAUAUUCCUAGUCAUUACCAAAGUGACUUUACCAAAAACUAUACUUGGUACACAAUUUUACAAUCAGCAGAACUUUAGCUUAUCUAUGUAUGAAUUCAAUGUUAAUGGCUAAAUUUGCAUUUAAGUAGCUAACAAAUUGUACAGAAUAAAAAUAUGAAUUUUCAUAUUUUAAAAUAUUUUUCUUAAUAAUACCAAAUGAUAAGUGUAAUCGUGUAAAUAUUUUCUUAUGAAGAAACUGUAUAGUUAUGAUUUUUGAUGUAUAAUUAUAGAAAGGAUUUGGGCCUAAACAUGUGGAGGUGGAGACUUGGAUUGCAGAUAUUUUUGCUAAGUCUUUAAUAUCACAUUGAUGAUACAGUCUAGCUUUUUAAAUGCAAUGUUGGUAGUUUAUUAAAUGUAUAAAUAAACGUGGUAAUAAUCCAAUUAAUGAUAAUAUAUUAUUAUUUAAUACAAACAAAGUUACGAAUGAUCUUUUUAUUGAUAUGAUUUUGUUAUAAAGGACGAAAACUGUUGACUGUUUAAAAUAUAAUAAAAUCUUACUUAGCACAUUGUAACCAUAUCCUACCAAACCUGUAGUAGUGUUUUCUACCAUACGUAAUAUUUCUUUUGUACAUCUAUAAAUGUAACAAAUAAAUAUUUAAUAAUGACCACCGUAUUUAUUCUAAUUAAGUUCGUAUUUAAUGUAUAUUUAUUUUAAAAAUAUUAACAACAAUGACUACCAAAAUACUUGACAGGAAAAUUUGUUAAUUAAAUAUUUUGUUAAUGUUAAAGUUUUCAUUUUAACCUAAAGUUUAUACAAAUACGAUAUACGUAUGACCUGUACAAAUUCUAUGAAAAUAAUUUAAUCAUUUAUAAGGGAUGAUCCCAUAAUUUACAGGGUAUCGUGUUUAGUUAAUCAUAAUUUGAGUUUUAGUCAUGGUUCGAUAUGAAUUUUGGACAAUAUUGUAAAAUUUAAAAUGUUCUUGCCCUUAUUCGUAAGCUCAUUAUGACGUCAUCGUAAAGGCGAGUUCAGAUAUACUAUAUCUAUAUAUAAUGAUAUAUAAUCAUUAUGUGUUUUCUUCGACGAUUCAAUGUUACAUCAAUCAUUCUCUUUGUUACUUUUAAAGCCUGUUUUAUUUUUAUAAGACUGAAUUAAAUUAUUUUAAAAUGCUAUUUUAAAAUAAUCGACCUAGUUUACUUUAUAAAAACAAACCUUGCCUUCUUUUAGGAAUGCAAGUAGUAUUUUCAACGUAAUUUUUACCCUUGACUGAAUGUAUAUUCAAUUUUUAUAAAUAACUUUAUGUUAUUAAUUAUUAAAUAUGUUUUUUGUUUAAUUUAAUUAAUGCUAUUAAGUUCACUGCACCCUCUAAAACUCCUUUGUAAAUAGUGCAAUAAAAUGCUCAUUUGUCUUAGUGUUGUUAUGCUUACAAGUGUCAUUAAAUAUAAAAAAUAUUUUUUUUAUUUGUAGCUGUUACGUGUGUCUGGACUCGCCCUAAUUUUGGUAAAAUCGUCACAUCAAUGUUAAAAUGUAUAUGUAAAAUUUAGUCAUAAUCACAACGCUAUAUAGCAUGGUCAACAAUCUGUUCACAAAUAAGGGCUUACUGUAAAUAUUUGUAUGGAAUUUGUAUGAGCUAAUGUAAGUUAUGUAAGUUUUUAUUUGUGUAAGAAAACAUUUGCUGUAUAAUGCCGUUUAUGGAUAAGAUCCAGUCAAGACUUUAUUGUGAGAUUUCUUAAAAUAAUUAAAAGAAUCGUUGUGUAUGACUGUGUUUCAUUACA